AGCCAUGACAAGGGGCAACCCCGCCCCUGAGCCGCGCACCCCCCACACCCCUCUGCCCGCCGCCAUUUUGGCUUUGGUGUGCGUCGCUUCCGCUGCGGGGAAGUAAACAGAGGAGGGAGGGAAGGAAGGAAGGAAGGAAGGAAGCGGAGGCAAGGGCGGAACGGGCCGGGGCGGGCAGCCGGAGGACGACAACGACGACGACGGAGGCUUUGUGGUUGUGUUCGGUGGAGAGAGCUGAUGUGGCCGGAGCGGAGGUGCCAGCUCGGCCCGAGUCCCGGUUAAUGCGAAGCGCAGCAGGGAGCCGCCAGAAUGAAACGAGGAAGGAAAACUAAUGAUGCCAACAGCAGUGCAUCUGAGGAGAGAAGUGAGAAAGAAUCCAAGAGGCACAAGAUUGCAGGGGAAACCAUAGCUGCGCAGCGUCCUGACUGGGCCAACCUGCUUCAAGACAUUAUCCUGCAGGUGUUUCAGUACUUGCCCCUUCUGGAUCGUGCUCAUGCCUCACAGGUCUGCCGAAGCUGGAACCAAGUGUUUCAUAUGCCUGACCUCUGGAGGUGUUUUGAGUUUGAACUGAAUCAACCAGCUACAUCUUACUUGAGAGCUACACAUCCUGAGCUUAUCAAGCAGAUAAUAAAGAGGCAUUCCAAUCACCUGCAGUAUGUGAGCUUCAAGGUGGACAGUAGCAAGGAAUCUGCAGAAGCAGCUUGUGAUAUUUUAUCUCAGCUUGUGAAUUGCUCUCUGAAAACACUUGGGCUAAUUUCAACUGCCCGGCCAAGCUUCAUGGAUUUACCAAAGUCUCACUUUAUUUCUGCACUGACAGUGGUGUUUGUAAACUCCAAAUCCCUCUCUUCGCUUAAGAUUGAUGAUACACCAGUAGAUGAUCCAUCUCUCAAAGUGCUAGUGGCUAACAACAGUGACACACUUAAGCUGUUGAAAAUGAGCAGCUGUCCUCAUGUUUCUCCAGCUGGCAUCCUGUGUGUGGCUGACCAGUGCCAUGGUUUACGUGAGCUGGCACUGAACUACCACCUGCUGAGCGACGAGCUCCUGCUUGCUUUGUCUUCUGAGAAACACGUCAGGUUAGAACACUUGCGUAUCGACGUCGUGAGCGAAAACCCUGGACAGACUCAGUUCCACACGAUGCAGAAGAGCAGCUGGGACGCUUUCAUCACCCAUUCUCCUAAAGUCAACCUAGUGAUGUACUUCUUCUUGUACGAAGAAGAGUUCGACCCCUUCUUCCGCUACGAAAUCCCAGUCACUCACCUGUACUUUGGAAGGUCGGUGAGCAAAGACGUGCUGGGCCGCGUUGGGAUGACGUGUCCCCGCCUGGUUGAACUGGUGGUGUGCGCCAACGGGCUGCGGCCGCUGGACGAGGAGCUGAUCCGCAUCGCGGAGCGCUGCAAGUAUCUGUCGGCCGUGGGCCUAGGAGAGUGUGAAGUCUCUUGCAGUGCCUUCGUUGAGUUUGUGAAGAUGUGUGGUGGUCGUCUCUCUCAGCUCUCCAUUAUGGAGGAAGUUUUGAUUCCUGAUCAAAAAUACAGCUUAGAGCAGAUUCAUUGGGAAGUUUCGAAGCAUCUCGGUAGGGUCUGGUUCCCGGACAUGAUGCCCACGUGGUGAAGUCCUGAAAAGACUUUAGGGCAGAUGGAAUAGCACCUUAAACCCAAGCUAACCGUAUUGCAGUUUACUUUAUGAGCUUAUUUAAUUCUAUAGUUUUUACUGCAAACUACUUCAUUAUUUGAUUGGAAAAUUUUUCAUUCAAAACCAGAAAUCAUGGAUAGCUCAAAACCCCUUUUUCAUCCAAACAAAAACCGCUUUUCUGCAUUAUAUUUGUUAUUUUUCAUUGACAGCGACCUCAGGCUUUUAUGGAAGUAAAAAAUGUAUCUAAAGUAUUAAAACGUAACUGUAAAAUACCAGUUUUAAUAUGUUGUCCUUCUCCAGUUGAGAUACUCGGAUUUGAUCUUGAAAAAUAAAACCCCAUCAAAGCUGCAUGUUUCUGUUGCAGACUAUAACAUUUCUAAUUCCAGUCACCUAGAUGAGAAAAUUAUAAGGAGUAUUUAGUAUGCUGUAAAAUACACACUUUCUUUAUAUAGAACUCGUAAAAGGCAAGAGCAAUAUGCAAUAGUAUAGUUUAUACAAUUAAAAUCCUAAGUUUGCCACUUAUUCAACAGAUUAUUAGGUGCAUCUAAGAUGUGUUUAGAGUGCAAACACGUAGUAGUGUGAGCUACCGAAAGUGGUGUGGUUUUUUUCCCCUUUAUGCCCUCUAAUGUAGUUUGCUUAUGGGGUGUCAGAUCUGCACCUAAACCUGUUUUAAGGUAUUGUAUGUCUAGCUCAGGAAGCUAAAGCAUUCUGGGAAAAAAUGUAGAUACGUUGUAUUAAAAAAAAAA